GGACGACGAGGACGACGAUGAGGAUGAGGAUGAUGACGACAACACUAGCUCCCCAACCGGCGACGCCGCCGAUGACGGAAGGAGUCCGAGUUGGAGGCAACAGCAUCAGAAGUCUGGUCGUUUGAUUAGUUGCACAUGGUUGCUGGAACGGGCAAGAACAACUGGACGAGCAAUGAAGUAGCUAAAGUCCAUUUUGAGUGCUCAUUGACAUGAUCAGUCCGACUAGUGAUCGUGGAAUAUAUUGAAAAAUACUGUUGUGCAGUGAACCCGUCCAGCCCAGCAAAACAACAAAAUAAAAACAACAACAACAACAGCAACAUUGACCCACGGUGCUAUCUACCUGCCCAUGUUAGUGAUUUAACUACGCCUAUUGCAUGCUUCUGUCUACAUACCUGCUAGCGCAAUUCAUAUUCAGCUAUUCGUCAAAGAAUCAAUCUUAAUGGUGCUUAAUGAUCGUUGUAAGAAUCGUAUGAAGAAUAUUAUUUCGUCCAAGUGAUAGUGAUAACGUGAGACGACGGACGACCCUCUCAUCUCUAAUUCCCCGUGCUAAACAUAACAAGGGAUCAUGGAUUCCAGGAUCGGAUUAGACUACAUUGUCGAAAAUAAGGACUACGUGACCAAGUUGGGAGCAGCCUUGGACACCAAUAACACCCAGGUCAAACGUCAGGUGUUUGAAUUGCUCUCCGCCCUGUGCGUCUACAGUGCUGAAGGCUACAAUCGGGCUUUGGAGUCACUUGAGCAUUACAAGACCUUUAUGUCUGAGCGAUAUCGCUUCAAGGUCGUGGUGGAUGACUUGAAGGAAUCGAACAAUGACGAAUAUCGAACGGUGAUUUUGGCAUUCGUCAACUGUCUCAUCAUAUCCACACCUCAACUUAAGGAUCGCAACAGUGUUAGGAAUGAAUUCAUAGGUCUCAAGUUGAUGGACGCUUUGAAGGAGAUUGGCUCCAAGAAGAAAAUAGAUCCAGAUCUCAGAGUUCAGCUCGACGUGUUUAACGAACAGAAGGAAAGCGAUGAAGCACAUUCGGAUGGCCCCCAUGAUGUGGAUAUCUCGAGUCAUCUGGACGUUUUCUACGCCAUCUACAAGCAAAUCAUGGACACGCCCCAAGAGAUCCCAUUCCUGAACAUCCUUCAACAUUUACUAAGAAUCGACCCAAAAGAGCCUAUUAGCGAUCUGAUCUGGGACACAGCAGAGAGGUUGGUCCAUCGAGCCACGUUACUGGAAAACAAGGACGAUUCCCACAAGCUCUUGCGAGCUCCAAGUCAGCACCGCCUUAAGGGCGUUGAAAACGGCAUUAGAAAACAUUCCAUGGAGAAUGGAGGGGCAGCUUCAGCAGCGGCACCCCCUCCUCCUCCUCCCCCUCCCCCACCAGGAGGGAUGGCUCCCCCUCCUCCGCCUCCUCCUCCUCCGGGGGCUAUGCCUCCACCCCCACCCCCUCCUCCCCCGGGUGGAGCGGGCCCUCCUCCGCCUCCUCCACCUCCAGGAGGUGCGGGUCCUCCCCCUCCUCCACCCCCACCAGGGUCGGGCCCACCGCCACCUCCUCCUCCGCCAGGGAUGGGAGGACCUCCCCCUCCUCCCCCGCCAGGAGGCAUGGCUAAGGGAGGAUUUGCCCCACCUCCACCCCCUGCUCAGCAAGUGACCUUGCCUCAACAGGAGACACCAAAACCGAAACAGAAAAUGAAGACCUUCAAUUGGAACAAGUUGCCGAUGAACAAAAUCUUGGGCAAGAAGAACAUUUGGUCAUUGGUGGCCAAGACCAAUGAGAAGCCCAGCGUCAAGACGCAGAUCAACUUUACCGAUAUGGAGCAUUUGUUUUGUCAACAAACUGCAACAACUCAAUCAUCGUCGAAAGAGGCUUCUGCUGCUUCGACAACCGGAGAUGACAAGACUAAAGGCAAAAAGGAUGAAGUCAAUCUUUUGGACGGAAAACGUAGCUUGAACAUUAACAUCUUCCUCAAACAAUUCAGAACUUCCAAUGACGAUAUCAUCCAAAUGGUCUUGGACGGAGAUUCCGAGGAUUUCGGCGCUGAGAAGCUCAAAGGUCUCGUCAAAAUCCUCCCCGAAAUGGAUGAGAUUGAGAUGUUGAAGUCAUUUGACGGAGACAAAAGCAAACUCGGCAUCGCCGAGAAGUUCAUUCUCCAACUCGUGGACGUGCCCAACUAUCGCCUGAGAAUUGAAAUCAUGCUCCUCAAAGCCGAGUUCGAAGCGAACAUGAGCUUCCUCGAACCCUCGAUUGACGCUAUGCUCUCCGCCGGUCAAGAAUUGACGACUAAUCGCAAACUUCAAGAUUUAUUCUUCAUGGUGCUAAUGGCGGGAAAUUUCCUGAACUCGGGUGGAUACGCUGGAAACGCGGCCGGAAUGAAGAUAUCUUCCCUUCACAAACUCUCGGAUAUACGAUCCAACAAACCUGGACUGAAUCUGCUCCAUUAUGUGGCUGAACAGGCAGGCGAAUCGAACCCCGAACUUUUGACUCUCCCUGACGACAUGGCCAUCCUAGAAGAGGCUGCCAAGACUCCUUUGGAAACAUUGAAAGCUGAUAUCACCAAACUGGACAAACAGAUCACCACGAUAGAGAAGCAAAUGGAGAACCCCAAUACGAAACCAGAUGUGAAAAAGCAAAUGGACGAGUUCCUACCGUUCGCCACGCGAGAAUUGUCGAUUCUCAAGCAAGGAUUGGAGGACUUGGCGGAGUCUCAGGGAGAAUUGGCGGAGUUUUUCUGUGAGGACCCAGCUACCUUCAAACUGGAGGAAUGUUUCAAACUUCUCGGAAGUUUUUGCAACAAAUUCAAGAAGGCCAUUGCGGAUAAUCAGAGUCGUCGAGACCAAGAAGCCCAAGCCAAGCUGCGAAAGGCUCAACGUGAAUCGGAGGAACUUCGACGAGUGGGUUCAAGCCCCGCCACCAUGAACAACAUGUCAGGUGACAAUAAGAUCAACGAUGAGGACCUCGAGGAAGAAGAUCAAGAAGUCAUGAAGAAUCUCAUGUCAGAUAUCCAGUCAGGAUUCAUCCAAAGACGGCUUCCGGAUGGAGGAUUCAAACAACAAUAUUCCCCCAUGGUCAUGCGCAAAUUCCGUCGCUCCGUGGACAACGGUGGCUCAAUGGGUGGAGAAGAUUCGCCUUCGACACCUCCAGCCAAUGUUGGGUUGAAUUCGCCACGACUAAGUCGCAAAUUCCGAGGAGGUUCUCUCUCUGGCCCUUCCCUGCCUGACUCAUUGAAUGCGGAAGUGCCCAAUUCACCGGGAUUCAGAAGAAGACGAUCGAGAAUUCCCUCAGAGGAGGACGACAAGCUAUUCAAUUUCUUGAGCAAAGGAGGACAUGAUGGAAGUCGAGAACGAAAUACUUCCGCUGGAAAUCUCGCUGUUGAGUCACAAUACGGUUCGUUGGACAGAGGACUUCUUAGACGAUCGCGGGGUCGAAAACGGACAGAAAUGUUUAGCGAAGAUCGAGAUCGAAAACCAGCCCCCGUGCCGGAAACCCAAGCAUUAGAUACUUCGAAGGAAGAAGGUCUGGAAGAGCAAACGCCACCAACGGGAGGCAAAUUCAAGAACAGGAUCAGCUCUUGGCUCAAGGAUGCGGAGGAGGAUGCCACAAAGGCUGAGAAGUAUCUGGACAAGAAAAGGGAGCGGCAAGCCAACGGCGUAAAACCGGAUGCCAUAGUGGAUAAAACCGAUGUGAUUAAGGCCAUGGAAACCAUCGAGACAGCGUCAAGUAACCCUCCUGUUCGGAGAAAAACGCCUCCUUCCGAUGAAAUUGACCGAAAGAAACAGCUCAUUAGAGACCUGGGCAGGAAACCCUCGGAAGAAAAGGUUUCCUUGUAUGUUCGAAAGCCUAGUGUUGUUCCAGAAGAGGAGCCCUCGGAUGUGGCCAAAUCGUUCUUGAACAGUAUGGCCAAGAAGUCCUCCGAGGUGCCGACUGAUUUCCUGAACACAAUUGACGAAGAAUCUAAGAAAGACAAGAAACCUCUGGGCAAAAAAUAUCCAUUCAACAGGACAACUACACCCAAUUCAUUGAGAGAGGCAUUGAGAGAGACUUUAGUGAAGAACUUGGGCUCCAACGAUCUGAGUGACACCAUUCAAUCCAUAAAGGACGACGAGAUCAAGGACACGUUUGACAUCGACAACGAGAACAUCGAAACGCCGCCAAUGCAAAGACGUGGACUGCGUCCCAAGAGCAUGAGAUUACCAAACAAGGACGAAGAUGACAAUAUCUCGGAGGCCGGUAGUGACUUCGGCAACCGCCGUAAGAACCACAAAUUCCGGACCCUGGGUGGAGACGGAAAUAAGCCCUUAGGCGACCGUGAGCUCAUGUUGAAGAAGAACCGCGCUUCAAACGUGGAUGUGUCAAAAGCCGAACAAGAGGAGGAGCUGGGUCUCUUCGAUCGCUUUUCCACGGCAAGGAAAAGUAUCAGCAAGGGAUCAGUCAGGAGGAAAAUGGACGAGGACACCAUGAGCCUCAAUGACCUCAAUCUCGAGAAGAAAUCGGUUAAGGCCGAUUGGAGAGCGAGGUUGGCCAACCGUUUUAAGAAAGGAGACCAAAACUACGACAUCCAAGAAGCUGAGAGUAGAAAGCAUUCGCAGGAUGAAACUUACCGCAAGCUUUCCGAUGAUCUACCUUCUGCACCUCACACGGAGCCCGUUCGACGACGUACGCUAAACCUGCCCACUUCCACGUCCAACGGAAGCGUCUCAAAUGCGAAGGUCAUCCGACCAAGACAGUCGAACACGCUCCACAUGAGAAAGAGCUCUAACUCAGGCGAGUACGAUUCGGAAAUGAUCAACGGCAAAUACGUCACCUCCGUGCCAAUCAUGAGCCCCGUCGAAGAGUUCGGUGACGACAAUCUCCGCCCCAAGUACAGAAAAGACCACUCACAACCUACCAACCGAGGUCUUCGAGAUCUUAAGAAACCACUGGCGCAGAAGAACUCCCUGGUGGAUCGAUUAUCCGGCACCAGCACGGUUAAAACAGACGCUCGGCGUGCCACGAGCGGCAACGUCUAUGACCGCUUGAACAACAAGUCCAAUCUGACGGGGAGCCGCAACAGCAUUAACGGGUCGAGAAGGUCUUUGGCGAGUGUGACUGCAGAUUCUGAGCAUCAAAAGCGUGGAACUCUGAGUAGAAUCAAGGAUUUGACUAAGAACUUGCGGAAGAGCAGUCGGGAAGAGGAAUCGCGGGUCAUUGCACCCAGGGAUAGCCGUAAUUUGUUCACCGAGCGGAAACCCAUGUCCAGUCUCAAUCGAAAUGGAGGAUCUCGGUCCAGUAUCAACUCCAGUUCGAGGUCCUUGAAUAGAACCGAAUCCAAUAGCAAGAGCUCCCCGAAAACUGUUCGGAGAUCCACACUGAACAUCGGUGAAACCAAUCGUUCGACUAGUCGGUCUGUGCCCUCAAGAGCUUUAGGAUCUUCUGGAAGUCUUCGAAGUCCAGCCACGUCCAGUAAUAACAUCAACCGUAAAGGGCUGAACAGCUCGAAAGAGAAUCUCAGUCGCUCAAGUUCUUCCACCUCUAAUAGCCUAUCCAAUAACGAUUUAACUCGCAGUGCGACAAGUAAUGGUCCGACCUCCCACACGAAUGCCGCGCCUUCCAAGACAAGUACUGCCUCCAUUCGACUUGCGAAUCCAUCCAGUUCAUCUUCCUCACGUGGAGGAGGGCUUUCAUCAUCGUCAACUUCGACCUCUAGUCCACUCAAAUCCCGAAAAGCUACCCAUGCUAGUGCCUCAUUGAGCUUUAUGAAGCCCACGGCUUCAAGCGUCAAGAAGCUCUCUGCCUCCGUGGUGGAGGACACUCGAUCGUCCCCGGUUCGACGCCCGCAAAAGAUGUCCACGCCCAUCAUCUCUCGAAAUACCCGUCGCUAAUAUUUCUAUAACAGCUUUGCAUCUUCUAACCCUCCCGACUGUGAUAGCUGGAACGAGGAUGGGAGGAAUUAACAAAAUUAUCAGAUGGAAGGAUUAAUGAUUCAAUGCAUCCCCUACCCCGGGCUCAUAGAGAGUGAAACAAAUACACCAGAUUGAUACUUUGGAA